CAAUUGUUCUACUUCCGGUUUUGAAAUACUUUGUGCGACGUGUAUUUUCCCUCCAGUAAAUUUCCCUGUGUAGCUAUAGCAACCAGACAAAAUGGCCCGCGGACAUCAGAAAGUGCAGUCGCAGCAGAAGAAUCUGGAAAAGCAGCAGAAAUUGAAGAAAGCUCAGGGUCACGACCAGAAAAAGGCAGCAGCCGCAGCCCUUGUCCACCAGUGUACCGUGUGCAAGUCAAUGAUGGGUGACUUGAAGACGUACAGACAACACUUUGAAAACAAACAUCCUGGCAAAGCACUACCAGAUGUGCUGGCUGCGGAGCAGGCGUGAGGGUCCAAGAGAAUUAUAGUACCUCAGUUCAAGUUCCAUAGUGUAACAUAUUUUCAACAGAACUAUGUAGCCCCAUAUCAAGAAAAGAAACAGGUGGAUUUCAUUGGGAGUUGUGUCUUCUGAGAGAGUGUUAGGAUAUAAUUUGGAGGAGGUUCCCAGUGAGGUAAUAAAGUUUCCCAGUGUUUUGGUAAAUAGUAAAGAAGUUUCCCAGUGUAGUGAAGGAGCAGUCUUUCUCUCAUUAUAAUAGUGGGUCUGGUUGUUCAAAACAGUGAGAGUUGCUUACUUUGAAUUAGCACCAUCUUGGUUUAGUUUUCUCAGUAAAUAGCCCUGGAAACUGUACACUGAGGUCAUGCUCAUGUCAAGAUAGUUAAAUAAAAGCUGUUUUCAACAAUCCAGAUUUUGUCCCGAAGUACUUAAUAGUUUCCACCAGUUUAAAUGACCAUUAUUUCUUUGUCCCUUUGAGAGAUAGUUCACGAAAACGUUCUGAAAUUUCAUCAAUCAGUUUAUAAUAUAUAUUCUCUCACGUGAAUGUUUGUACAUAGUCUAACUGUAUAUUAAUGUUACCAAAAAUAUGUAAGCUUGUCUUCUACCAACCCUCAUCUGACUACCGUUAUGUAAAAUUAUAAUAUUAAGAUUAAGAAAUUCAUGAUAUGCUUUAUAAUGCCAAGUUGAUGUCUCCAUAGACAGUGAAAGGUUUGAAAAAAACAGAUUUGAAGAAAAGUUAAUUUGUUGUGUAUAAAUACAAGUCUACGUCUUGAUUUGAAAAGCAAGAAAGUUUCCAAAAAUUGCAGUUUUACCUGGGGUGCCUGUGUGAUUUCUGACUCUGAUUUCCUAUCUGGUUUGAAGCAUUAUACUUUUAGUCUUUGUGUAUGUUUUCCAAGUGAAGUUCAAUCAGCUGUUGAUACUGUAAGACAAUUGUUGUGCGUCUGAGUUGGUGCCUGAUUUCAGAUAACUGAGCCUGCAUUUCAGAGGAAAAAUGUUAUGUAAUUCUGUGUAGCUUAAAGGCAUCACUAAAGAGAUUCAAUACUGUACGCCAAUUCACUAUCGAUCUUUAUAUCGUCUUGUAUACGGUUGACGAUGGGAUUUUCGAAUAAUUAUCCGGUGGUUGGGCUUAAUGCUGCCCCUGUGUGUAACUGUGAGCUUCGUGUUAUUUGGUUCACAUGGCAGAAUGUUCACAGCUGUCAUUGAAAAUUUUACUCUGACCGAACGAAAAGAUUCAAAAGGUUGCUGCAGCCAUAUGGAGUGACAUGUCUUGACAUCCGUCAUCAAAUAUUUGGUUUAUGAAGAAUUGAUGGCUGCUCACAGUUUCGAUUGUUUCUAUUGCCGAUCAUGGACUGAAAUUUCAUCUCUGUUAGUAAUCAGUAGGCCUACUUAUGUAUUUAUUUGGUGCCAGUCAAAAACACAGUUGUGAAGUUUGGUUUAUGUUGACCCUGAUGAUCUGAAAGGAAGGACUCAUGAACUCACUAUUACUAAAAUGAGAUGUAACAAGCACUUUGAUUGGUUUGGACAGAAACAUUUGACCAGAACCGACCAAUCAAGGGCUGCUUGACAGCUAGGAGUUUUCUUUGUGAUGUCAUUUCUUCAUUCUGGUUUCAUUCUUCGGGUAAAUAAAUUUGUGUCAUAAUUUUUA